CAAAAUGGCGGCCACCGGUGAGGGGUUUCUGCUUGCCGGUGGUCAAGGGUGCUGUUGAGCGCGCGUCAGCGUUUUUCCUCCUUGAGCCAGGCUUCGACAGGGGUUUGGGAAGGGCAGUGGACGGCGCUGGGGGAGGCCUUAGGAGGCAGAUUUAUAAAGAACUCUUCCUCUGAACUUGUGUUUCAUCAUAUAUACAACUGGGAUUUCAAACCUUUUAGAUUACUCUUACUGGACCAAAAAGAUGACAUCGAUUAUCAAGUUAACUACCCUGUCUGGGGUCCAGGAAGAAUCUGCUCUUUGCUAUCUUCUCCAAGUGGAUGAGUUUAGAUUUUUACUGGACUGUGGCUGGGAUGAGCACUUUUCCAUGGAUAUUAUAGAUUCCCUAAGGAAGCAUGUUCACCAGAUUGACGCAGUGCUGCUGUCGCACCCCGACCCUCUCCAUCUCGGUGCCCUCCCUUACGCUGUGGGAAAGUUGGGUCUGAACUGCGCCAUCUAUGCAACCAUCCCUGUGUAUAAAAUGGGCCAGAUGUUCAUGUAUGAUCUCUAUCAGUCUCGGCACAAUACAGAAGAUUUUACACUCUUUACGUUAGACGAUGUGGAUGCAGCCUUUGAUAAAAUACAGCAGCUAAAAUUCUCUCAGAUUGUGAAUUUGAAAGGUAAAGGACAUGGUUUGUCUAUCACACCUCUGCCAGCUGGGCAUAUGAUAGGUGGAACAAUAUGGAAAAUAGUCAAAGAUGGAGAAGAAGAAAUUGUUUAUGCAGUUGACUUCAACCACAAGAGGGAGAUCCACUUAAAUGGAUGUUCCCUGGAAAUGCUGAGCAGACCCUCUCUCCUCAUCACGGAUUCAUUUAAUGCUACCUAUGUGCAGCCCAGAAGAAAACAGAGAGAUGAGCAGCUGCUAACUAAUGUCUUGGAAACCCUUCGAGGCGAUGGAAAUGUGUUAAUAGCAGUGGAUACCGCAGGCAGAGUUUUGGAACUCGCUCAGCUUCUUGAUCAGAUUUGGAGAACUAAAGAUGCAGGGUUGGGUGUUUACUCACUGGCGCUCCUAAAUAAUGUCAGUUACAAUGUGGUGGAGUUUUCUAAGUCCCAGGUAGAAUGGAUGAGUGAUAAAUUGAUGAGAUGUUUUGAAGAUAAAAGGAAUAACCCAUUUCAGUUUCGCCAUCUUUCUUUAUGCCAUGGUCUUUCUGACUUGGCUCGAGUACCUAGUCCCAAAGUUGUCCUUGCCAGCCAGCCUGACCUGGAAUGUGGAUUUUCAAGAGAUCUCUUUAUUCAGUGGUGCCAGGACCCUAAAAACUCAAUCAUUCUAACUUAUAGAACUACUCCUGGGACUUUAGCACGUUUCCUAAUUGAUAAUCCUUCUGAAAAAAUCACAGAAAUAGAGUUGAGGAAACGUGUGAAGCUUGAAGGGAAAGAACUUGAGGAAUACUUGGAAAAAGAGAAACUGAAGAAAGAAGCUGCUAAAAAACUUGAGCAGUCAAAAGAGGCAGAUAUAGACUCCAGUGAUGAGAGUGAUGUCGAGGAAGACAUUGACCAGCCGUCGGCCCAUAAGACAAAGCAUGACCUGAUGAUGAAAGGUGAAGGUAGUCGUAAAGGAAGUUUCUUCAAACAGGCAAAAAAGUCUUAUCCUAUGUUUCCUGCCCCAGAAGAAAGGAUUAAAUGGGAUGAGUAUGGAGAGAUUAUCAAACCAGAGGAUUUCUUAGUGCCAGAACUUCAAGCUACUGAAGAAGAAAAAAGCAAAUUAGAAUCAGGUUUGACAAAUGGAGAUGAGCCCAUGGAUCAGGAUUUAUCUGAUGUCCCAACUAAGUGUAUUUCUACAACAGAAUCUAUUGAAAUAAAAGCCAGGGUUACUUACAUAGACUAUGAAGGACGCUCCGAUGGAGAUUCCAUUAAAAAAAUCAUUAAUCAGAUGAAACCACGCCAAUUGAUAAUUGUCCAUGGCCCACCAGAGGCCAGUCAGGAUCUGGCAGAGUGCUGCCGUGCGUUUGGAGGGAAAGAUAUUAAAGUGUACAUGCCAAAGCUGCAUGAAACAGUUGAUGCCACCAGUGAAACGCACAUCUAUCAGGUGAGAUUAAAAGACUCACUUGUCAGCUCCCUUCAGUUUUGUAAGGCAAAAGACGCUGAACUAGCGUGGAUAGAUGGUGUCUUAGACAUGAGAGUUUCCAAGGUAGACACAGGCGUUAUUUUAGAAGAAGGAGAGCUCAAGGAUGAUGGAGAAGACUCAGAAAUGCAAGUGGAUGCUCCUUCAGAUUCCAGCGUAAUAGCUCAACAGAAAGCCAUGAAAAGUCUGUUUGGAGAUGACGAGAAAGAAACAGGGGAAGAAAGCGAGAUCAUCCCUACUUUGGAGCCGCUGCCACCGCACGAGGUUCCUGGACACCAGUCAGUCUUUAUGAAUGAACCAAGACUGUCAGACUUCAAACAAGUUCUUUUACGGGAGGGGAUUCAAGCCGAAUUCGUGGGAGGCGUACUUGUCUGCAACAAUCAAGUCGCAGUCCGGAGGACGGAAACUGGACGCAUUGGAUUAGAAGGCUGUCUUUGUCAAGAUUUUUAUAGGAUCAGAGACCUUUUGUAUGAACAGUAUGCCAUCGUGUAAAGGACAUGAUGUCAAGAAGCAUCUGCUUGACCUUUCUAAGAAAAAGAGUUCUUACCUUAUUCUAAGUUUUUGCUCUUUGGUUUUGUAGCAUAUAAAGUGAAUCUGCCUGAAAAACUGAACCUGUAUUAAAUUUUUAAAAAUGUAAAUAGAAGGCUGGGCAUAUAGUUCAUGGUAGAGUGCUUGCCUGGUAUGCACAAGGCCCGAGGCUUUAAUUCCCAGCAUCAGAAAAAAAGAAAGACAGAAGGAAAAUCGAAAAUGUAAAUACCAUUUUGGAAACACCCAGAGUGAGCACCCUGCUUUUGGCUUGAGAGUGAUAGAGGUUCUAACAAGUAUUCAGGCUGAGAAUUAAAGAUGACCAGUUCCCUUAACAGACCCUCACUUUAGAAGGGCUUUUUACUUGAAUCAUAUGCAAUUAGCAAACCAGCUCAUGGCCUUAGAGAAAUGUUUGCAUGUCCUCUUGCAAAUAGCUUCUUGUAUUUUCUAGAAUGAAAAGAGAAGUAUUUGGCAAAGAUGUGCUGCAACAAAACUAACUGAUAAGAGUAGUUUCGUGAAGAUGAGGUGUUUAAAAAGAAGUAUAUGUGCUAUGAUUCUUCUUUUGAAUUCCAGUCUGUGUUUUCACAUGGUAUGUAUCUAUUCCCAGGGAUUCACUCUAAUGUGAAGUAGUAUGCAUUUUGUUCAGGAAUCAGUUUUUUUUCUCCCAUUUCUUGUUCUCAGGGUGGUGGGGUAUUUUUGUUGUUGUUGUUCAAUUUCACCAUUAUUUGAAUAUGUGUCAUCCAAAAGAGCUGCUUGAUGUUUUAGUCUUAAGGGUUCUACGUAUUAGAUACAACUACCAACUAGGUUGCUGUACUUGAAACUGUUAAGUGCUGUAAUUGUAAGAAAAAGUUGAACUUCUCAUUUUUUUAUAAAGUAGCAGUGUAAUUUAAUUAAGGUAUGUAAAUGUUUUCCCCUCUUAAGCUUGCUCUCUUCUAAGGUUAGUGCAGCAGUGAAGACAUUGCCACAGAAGUAACACUGAAUUGGCUAGCCACAGUAGCACAUGCUUAUGAUGAUCUCAGCUACUACUAGCUGAGGUAGGAGGGUCACAGGUGUGAGACCAGCCUGGGAAACUGAGCAAGACAUUCUCAAAAUAAAGAGGAUCGGGAAUGUAGCUCAGUAAUAGAGGGUUUGCCUAGCAAGUGUGAGGCCUGGGUUCAGUCCCCAGUACUGCCAAAAAACAAAAAAAAAAAAUACCAAAUUUGGAUAAGGUCAUCUUCACUGUCCUGAUACAGAAUGAAUCAUUUGUAUUAGGAGUAGAAGUUGAGUAUAUGCAAUUUUCAUUGGAUUUUAGCAAUGAAAACCUCGGUGCCCUAUUUUAAUUUGUUGAUUAUUAUUAUUAUUGUUUUAGAAAGUAGCUUACUCAUGGUACACCUUGAAGCUUACCCUCUUUACACUUAGCAUUUUUAAGAGAAUCAACCUUUGUUAAUUUUUGUGGAACUGUAUAUUUCAACCCAGUCACAUCAGAACAGAAGUAAUGCUUCAUUCUGUUUCACAUGCUUACAGAGCUACUGCUGUGGAUUAUAAUACUAACACAAAGUUUACAGCCUCCUGAUACUGAAAACCAUAUAUGCAGACUAAUGUUUCAGAAGAUGAAUGGCUAAGUUGCAUUUUCUUUUUAGUACCUCAAAAAUUUUUCUCUUAAACUUUUGCUGUUGUAUAAUUCCACUUAUAUCCCAGGGGAUAGAAAGUCUGCGUUUGUUUCAUGGGUUAAAGUGUCUGGGUUGACAUGUUAUAUUAUAAUACCAGCGUUGAAUAGUUUACCUUGCCUACCCUCUCUGUUGGCCUAUGAGCAAUAAUUAGACUUUACAGUACAGAGCGGGGUGUGGUGGCACAUUCCUGUGUUCAAGACGCUCGGGAGACUGGGUCAGGAGAACCGUGUUCAGAGAUAGCCUGGGCAGCGCAACAAGAUAAAUAAGUAAAUAACCAGCCAACCAAUCCACCAGCUGCUUAAAGCUUGCUACUUAUAUGUCAUUGAAGUGCAAUACCUUGACUUAUUUUCUAGAGAGAGGAUAAUGUUAUUGAAAUAACUAAAGUGAAGGCCUUUGUUUUAGCAUGUUACUUAAAAGAAAUACCAAUUUUACUAACAACUGGGAGGCAGAACACAAACUCAGUGAAACUUUCAGAACUUUAUUGUUUCAAAGCAAGAAAAAAUAUAUGGGGACUGUGUACAGAUACCUACAAAUAAUUUUGUUAAAUUUUUAUAGUAAUAUUUUGUUGCUGUGGGCUUAUACAUGUCAGAGAUUGUUAAAAUUAUUUGUAUGAUUUCAUGGCUUGAUAGGUGACCAGAAAAAGAAAUGAGGAAAUCAGUUAUGUAAGGAGGACCAUCCGCCUUUUUAGAAACUGAGGUGUAGUUAGCAUGCCGUAAAGUAGUCAUCAUUUUAAAAUGUACAGGUCAUUUGGUGUAUUUUCAGAAUCGUGGAACCGUUAUUCUACUGUCUAAUUCCAGAACAUGUUCGUCAUUCCAGAAAGAAACCCCAUACUCACUGGUGGUUAUUCCCUGUUUUCCCUUCUCCGUAUCUGUCAGUCAUUAAGUUUUCUGUCUUUAUGAAUUUCCCAUAAACACUGAAACAAGCAA